GUGGUGGGAAAACAACUGUCUCUUACCUGCCACCUUCUAGGGAGUGUGGUCUCCAGCUUUUGCCAAGAAAGAGUGAGCUCAGUGAAUUCAGUGAACUCAGAAAGGCAGCAAGAAAACUCAGGUUGCACCUGAAGUCCCUCGAAGUGGAACAAGAUGGCACCAAAGGGAAAAAAGCCAAAAGGCAAGAAAGGCAAGGCCAAAAAUGCAGCUAAAGGACUAAUAAGUACUUUGCCCUAUGUCAGUGAGAAAGAAAAGUACCUGCAAAAAGAAUAUGCCAUCCUAACAGAGCAUGUCAGAACAUAUACAGAGCGUGUGCAGCAUUUCCAAUGGGAAAAUAAUUUCUUGGAUAAGGAAGCCCAGCAAAUCCGAGACACCAGCAAAGUCUACCUCUCCUACUUAACCCGGCGCACCAUACGAUGCCAGAAUGCUAUCAUUUCUCUGAAUGAUCAGAAUCGCGCAGAUCUUGCAGAGAUCAGAAAGCAGAAGGAAGAGCUAAUUUCCCAAUACACAGAAAAGGAGAAAGAAGUGAGGCAUGAACUGAUGGAAAUGGAAACCCAGCUCUCCCUCAUUAACAAGGAAUGUGAAGCCUUACAUCUCUGGCAGGAAUUGCAAACAGAGCAGCUGAAACGGAUCCGGGAGUUGGAGAAGGAGCUUUUGGUCAUGAAAGUCCAGCACACAGAACACAUGCACAAAGUGAAGAGCGAAUUCCUCCAACUGACAGCAGAGUACGAGAUGGAGUCUCAGCAGAAACUCCAAUCUCUGGCCAAACUGGCCGAGAAGGAAGCAGUGCGCAGUCUAAUACAGCAUACUAAGCAGGUGAAGGCCGACAAUCGGCGGCUAAACCACAACCUCCUAGGCCUCAUCAAACAAGCCCAAGUGCUGAAGGCCUUCCUGUUUCAGCUGAGAGAACAGCAGCACCAGCUCCUCCAAGAGCAUCAAUACAGGCAAGAUCUUGUUCGCACACGCAGCUGGCUAAGGCAUGAAGGGGCUCGACCCAUCAUCACUCUUGGCAGUCCCUUCAGAUGCAGCCCAUCAGCUCGAAGUAGGCUGAUCAGCCCUCAGGUCACAAUUGCACAAAUACCGGCUCAGAGCUGCCCAACAAGGGGUACCACCACCACAGAUGCUCUGAAGGGCAAAAAUUCUGACUCAGCUGCUCAGGUCUAUGGUACCUCCUCCCUUGGGAUAAGAAGGGAGAAGGAAGGCUGCUGUCACUGAGGCUUGGCUUUAUUACUACCUACUGCACAAAUAGGUAUACAGUACAGUAUAUAUGCAUACGCCUGUGCAUUUAUCUGUUUGUAUCUGUGCACUGCACUCCCAUUAUCCUGAACCAAAGGACUCCCAUUAUCCUGAACCAAAGGUUAAAAAAUGCUUACAGUAACAUCACUACAUCUGCUACCUCUGUCAAUCACCCACAGAGCCCAUAGUGACCCAGUACGACCGAAGACACGUGGUGACCUUCCCCCAAAAAAGCCUUUAAUGGGAAGUUGCAAACUAAGCUCAGCUUCCAGAAUUAUUUAUAAAUACUUCAGUAGAGAAUGCCUUGACUGCAUGCCUACAAAGUGCCUUUCACUUUUCAGUAUUAACUCCACAUUUUUUGUUUGCUUGUUUUGUGAUAGUUACAUUUCUUAUUGUUGAGAGUUGCCCUAAGAAUAUAUAUAUUGAGAGGUUAUUAUAUACAGUAAAUUUAUGUGCUAUGUGUCUGGCAUCUCUUUCCUGGGAACUAGUUUGGGGAAAGUUUAAAAAAACAACUGGGUGGCAGAGGCUUUUGGCAGAAUCAUCUGUGCAUGCUGCCUGAAAAGUCAGUUCCACUGUAAGACUGGACAAAUGUUUUCCCCUAAUGACUAACUGUAUCUAGGACUGCAGCUGAGAAGGGCCCAGUGACCAAUUCAUCACGUUUGGACAACAUGCCCCAACCUCAUAGCAUGUAUGACUCUGUGCUCUUCAAAACCCCUAUCAUUAACAACUCUGCUCAGGUCUUUCAAAGCAAAAGAUAUGCCUUCCCAUAUUAUUCAGUCCAUAAAAAUUGAUAUUCCUUUGAACUAUACAUUAAAAGCUGUAGGAAAGUGAAGUGAGGAGGAAAGCAGAUAUAAGAUGCCCAAGUAGUGGAAACAAUGAGCUGGCCUCCAGGCAGGGCUUCUGAAGGCCAGCUCAUUGUUCUGUACAUUCAAAACCAUGACUCCUGUUUCCUUGCUCUUCAAUGCCCAGGUAAGAGGUGUCCUGUAGCACCCGGAACAGCUAUAGGCUAGCUUUCCCGGCGCAGAGCGAUGCAUGCCUAGUGAUGCUCUACUGUUUGGUCCCGCAUGGCUGCUUUCAGGCUUCCCAGGGCACAUGAAUGGCUCUGUGUCCAAUAUGAUUCGAGAGGCCUUUGGCCAGUCUCAGCACCCAUGCCUCUUGAGGUGUCUCGUCCUCUGCUCGGUAGGUGGCUCCUCUGCCACACCGUUCAGGGAAGCCUUCAGGCCGUGGAAGGAAGCAGAAUCCUUUCCCUGCAGAGAGCUCUCUCCAACACUAAAAUCACAAGAAUGACUUACUGUAAGCAAACCAUUCCUCUGUCAGCCUCAAGACAUGGGCAUUUCUGAGCAAUAUUACAGAGGCUCUACAAUGUUUACAAUGUGAAUGGUCUGAAGAAGUUUCUGCUUUUUGAACCACUACUAUAUAUCUGGCAAUGUGCCGGAUGGAAAACGAUGCUAAGAUUUUAAAGGGUACUGAGAACCCCAUAGUUCCAUGAGACCAGGAUCAACUUCUAGCAAUCCCAGCACCAAAAGGUUGUGGGUAGCAGAUUGGGAGGGGAGGGGCUG